UCAGAAUUUUGAUGUACAAACUAAUCAAGAUUCUUUUUUUGCAAUAUCAAACAAAAUCAGUAAAUGUAACUAACGAAUAAGGGAGCAAACAAAUAGCAGAACUUGUGUAUUCAGUACUCUUGAUUAAUAGUUAAAUAGUGUAAGUAUCUAAGCAACGCUUCUUGUCGUUGAGGUGUCUGUUACAGAAGACAAACAGGAACGACAGAAGUAUGACCACAGGAAGAGAGAAAACAUUACCCAAAGGAAAAUGUAUAGAUGGGAAAGAAAUGUACACUGACAGAAGUGGUUGGUGGAGAAACACUAUUAAGGACUAUCCCAUUCCUGGCAGUUACCACAUUCGGGACUUCAUAGAGGAGAUGGGACUUAACCCUGUGCCUAGGACAUAUAGCUUCAAAGGCCCAGAGCGAAACACCCUCAUGUUGACUGUGCGUCGAGGGGACAUGCUAUUGCCUGGGGCAUAUAACUUCACCGACUCAACCAAUGAGGCUCUGCGGCGCCAGGCAACUUGCUCUUUCAAAAGCUGCCCCAGACCGGACAUCCACACUUUGGGCCUCAGGGAUAAGGAUAUUAACCUCUCACCCGGUCAUUAUGAUGUUACGGAGAAGCCUGUCCCCAAAUCACCCUGCAAACACGUGAUGUUUCGAUCAGUGGUACAGAGGGUCAGCUUUCUCCCGAAGGAGGGACCAGCACCUGGACAUUACAACCCAAGGCCAAGCACUGGCAUUGCAGUCACUUCCUGCUUUAGGUCUACUGUACCACGGCUGUACAGCGCGCACUCUGGAACUCCAGGACCAGGUGUGUAUGAGCCCACGUGGCACAAAGGUCAGCGGCUUAGCACUGAUGUCAAAGUGGACUGGGCCCAUGACCUCCUUUUUCGCAACAUACCUUGAACUUCAUGUAUUCCUUUUAUAUUUCCCAUUCUUUUGCAAUUAAAGUGUUUCCAGCUGACCUUGAAAUAUGGUUGAAAUACAGCACUGUCAGCUGUUGUUUUAACACUGUGGGGGAAAAAAAUCAAUAAUUCUGAAUUGUUGUAAAAAAAAAAGUUAACAAAAGAUGUGUCAACACUGAAAGUUUAACAAGAUAUGGAAGAGACAUUGAAACAACAUUGCCAUAUUUACAUUGAUUCGAUUUGAAAAAUCAAAACAAAAUUCAAUAGUGAUUCAACCUUGAUCCAUGAUGUUGCUUCACCUGUGAAUAAUUGUUGAAAUGCUGACUGCUUGCCUCUUAAAAGGGUACAAAUCGACCAAAAAUGAUUAUGUAAUACAUAUUUUUAAAAAUACUGUUUUAAGAUUUAAGAUUAAAGUAUACUACAGGUGCACAUUUAAUACAUUUUCGCACACUAUUUUUACAAGGGAAGGUUUCAUUGCUAUCUCUAUUAUGUCAUGAUCUGACCGCCCAUAUCCACCUUUUUCCUAACGAGCCCAUUGCGUUUUAAAUUAUGUGAGGAACUUCCGAGGAACUUCCGGUUUACAUUUUCAUUCAUUUUCUAUUUUCAGAAGUCAGGAGAAUAACAAUAUUAAUGUGACAUGAUAUAACAACAAUAUCUAGAAUAGCUCUUUUCAGCCUGCUGCAUUGUUUUCCUCCUCAUUAUUUUCAUGCUUCCUUUGUAUUCCGCUGUAAGCAAAUGAAAAAAGACAACAUAUACUGUGCAUUUGUGGCUUGUUCUCCCGAUUUAAUUUAUGAUAUAAACCAUGAAUAAUUCCCUGGAAUGCACUAUAUAUAUAUAUAUAUAUAUAUAUAUAUGUCUCUUUCCAGGUUUGUUUUUU